AUGACAGACAAGCUUCCCCCGCCACUUCUGGCGCUAUUCCAGCCGCGCCCACCCCUUCGAUAUCUGCCUCCAGGCGAUCGCGCACCAGAGGAUUGCGGAAAGAGCACUAUCUCAGGUGUAGCUGAGUUCCUUGCUGAAGCCAAGUCAUUCGCUGAAGAAGUGCCUUACAAUGCUACCGAGAGCUGGAUUCAACGCAAAUUCCGCCAAAAGGUGGAAAAGAAAGAACAGCAAGAAAAGCUAAUUACGGACGGUUUCCAAAAUUUCGAUCCCGAGAAAGAUCCUCAAGCCCGAGGUGAUCCUUUCAAGACCCUCUUCGUUGCGCGCCUAAGCUAUGAAGUGAAAGAAGCCGACCUGGAACGAGAGUUCGGCCGCUUCGGUCCUAUUGAAAGAAUUACUCUUGUCAAAGACACUACUACAUCAGAGAAGAAAAAGAAGCCCCACCAAGGUUAUGCUUUCAUUGUGUACGAGCGCGAGAAGGACAUGAAAGCUGCCUACAAAGAAACAGAUGGCAUUCGGAUUAAAGACCGCCGAGUCUUGGUAGAUGUUGAGCGUGGCCGUACCACCAAGGGCUGGAAGCCUCGCCGUUUCGGCGGUGGUCUCGGAGGACGUGGCUACACCAAGGCUAUGCCAUCUCGGCCCGGUGGUCCUGGAUUCAACGCUCCUUCCGGCCCCGGUGGGUAUGGAGGUGGUUUCCGCGGCGGCUUUGGUGGUGGCCGUGGUGGCGGUGGUGGUUUCCGAGGUGGAGGUGGUGGUGGCUUCCGUGGCGGUGGUGAUCGCUUCGGUGGUCCUCGUGGUGGAAUCGGAUAUCAGGGUAACCGUAACGGUUUCGGUGGGCAAGCCCCUCCUAACGCCCCCUCAGGCCCCGGCGGUGGACGCAGCGGAGGUUUCAGAGGUGGUUUCGGCGGUGGUGACCGCGGCGGUGGCAGAUUCGACCGUGGAGUAACUGGCAGCAAUUCGGAGCCGGUGCGGCCUAGGGGAGAUGGCUAUGCUGACCGUGACCGCCGUGACCAUGACCGUGAUGAUCGUUACAGAGACCGUGGUGGAGACCGUGGCGGAGAUCGUGCCGGUGAUCGCAUGGGAGACCGUGCCGGUGAUCGCGGUGGUGAUCGCGAGCGCAUGGGAGACCGCAAUGGAGACCGUUACCGUGGUGAGCGCGACAGGUAUGCCGGAGGCGGCGGCGGUGGCCGCGAGGAGUACGGACGCAAGCGAAACCGCGAGGAUGAACCUGGACAUGAUGACCCUCGCUCAAGGAGAAGGUACUAA